AUGGACUUUUGCCGGUUCAUGGAUGAGCACCCCACGGUGUAUCACUUUGUGGAGGGGCUGAGACAUAAACUGGAUGCCGCGGGAUUCAAUGAGAUCACCGAACGUGAUCUCGCUCGCAUCAGACGCGGCGGCAGGUACUAUCUGACCCGCAACGGCACUAGUCUCGUAGCGUUCGUCGUGGGGUUGGACUUUAUUCCUGGCCCGGACGGGGCUAAUGUGGUUGCCACUCAUGUCGAUGCAAACCGGUUGACAUUGAAGCCCUCCUCAAUCGCCAGCUCAGUUAUGGGGUACCUUCAAUUCGCCACCGCGCCGUACGCAGACGGCGCCAAUGCCAGUUGGAUGGAUCGCGAUUUAGGGCUCGGCGGACGAGUGGUGGUAAAGCAGAACGGCGCAAUUGCCUCUAAAUUAGUCCGUCUGCCUGGUGUGAUUGGUUCGCUGCCGACUCUCGCUCCGCACUUUGGUGCCAUGCCGGCCAACCUCGAGCAAAAGCCAGUGGUUGCAAGCAGCGGGACAGAGCCUGAGGCUACCGAUGAAGAAAAGCAUGCUCCACUAUACGGCAAGCACUCUUUGCGACUGCUGAGGGCUGUUGCAAAGGAGGCUGGCUGCAAGGUCAACCAGAUUCUCGAGUGGGAUAUGGAGUUUUUCUCUGCCGAACACGCUAAAAUCGGCGGACUGGACAAAGACUUGAUUUAUUGCUCUCGUAUGGACGACAAGUUGUGCUCAUAUGCGGCUAUUGAUGCUCUAUUAGCAGCACCCGAAGCAGCACACGUGUUGCAGAUUGCCGCCCUCUACGACAAUGAGGAAAUCGGGUCAGAGACCCGCCAGGGUGCCAAGGGUAAUCUGCUCGACGUUGCGUUGACUGCGGUUUUUGACUCGCUCAAUGCAACCAUUGACGAGCGGCGCCAAACAAUUGCAAACUCGUAUCUGGUUAGUGCAGAUGUUACGCAUGCCGGGAACCCCAACUACGCCGACGCCUAUCUUGAACACCACGUUCCUCUCCUAAACACCGGCGUUGCCGUCAAGCGGCUUGGUCGGUUUGCAGGAUCAGGCGUAGAUGCCGGCGUUGCCCAGCUCAUUGCUGCACGCUGCCACCAGAAACUUCAAUAUUUCGCCCCGCGCAAUGAUACGCGCACGGGCGGGACCAUUGGUCCCAUGCUGGCCGCCUAUACAGGGAUCCCAACCGUAGACAUGUCACAUUAG